CGCCGUGCGUGCACUUCUUGUCAGUGAGGCCAGCACUCUCAAACCACAAUUACAAGACAUUCAUGAGAUGGGCAUUGUCAAGGAUGUUGCUAUAGGAAUAGCGAUUGGGGCGACCCUACCAAUUUGGGGUCCAUUUGUCGCGGGGAACAAGGCGGUGGACGUGCUCCUGCAUGCAUUACGCAAGAAGCCUACCAAGCUGGCACCUAGCUUAGAGGGCGAGUACGCGGACUGGCGCGACAAGAAGUGCAUUGUUGAGAACGCACGCUGGCAGGUUUUCAAUGAGCGUGUUCGGAAGCGGCUGCCUCACUUCGAGUCGGAGAAGUAUAACAUCGCCUUCGUUGGGGACGUGAAGGCUGGCAAAAGCUCGCUGGUGAACGCGGUGCGCGGCAUGCCCGACUGGGAGCAUCCUGGACUGGAGGACCCAUACAACAAGCAGUGUGACCAGCGUGGCAUCCCGCGCAUGGGUAAGGCGGCCGUGGACUUCGCGGAAUGCACCAUGGCUUGCGCACGCUACGCUACCAAUUUUCCCGAUUCGGAGCAUAUGAUCAUCUGGGACGUGCCGGGUGCCGGCACCGAGAAGCACACCGCCGCCAGCUACUACCAGGACAAGGCGCUGUACGCCUUUGACUGCCUCAUCCUGGUCACCGGCGACGCCUUCCGCGAGGUGGACAGGCACAUCCUGUUGGAGGCGCAGCGUCGCAAGCAGGCCGUGGCAAUUGUGCGCUCCAAGUGCGACACGACGGUGCAGGCCUGUCUCAAGCGCGACCGCACCAAGACGCCCGAGGCGGCCGUGCAGGAGUUCCAGACCCGCUACAGGCAGGACAUGCGCAAGCGGCUGGCGGAUCUGGGCGUUGACGCCAACAAGGUCAAGAUAUUCCUCGUGAACAGGUUCGCGUUCACACAGCCAGAUGAGCUCGCAUUCGAUGAGGCGGACCUCAUUAAGUGGCUCGCCAUGGAGUUAAGCAAGAAGCACUGAGGGAAGCCAGUACGGGCGUGCUCUGUGCGAGGCAGCGCCAAUGCUUCGAACAGGGGCGUCCGUGAAUGGGACGAUCGAACUGGAGAAGGGCGGAGGGAGGUGGCGGGCGGGGCGAGGCAGGAUGGUAACAAACAGCAGUCACCAGGACAUGCAUGCGGUGUGCACGCGUGGCAUUAUGUUGUUGUGUGCGUGGUGCUUUUGGUGCUUGAGGUUGUCACUUGCGCGCCAGUUGACGUGUGCCGCCGCACUCGCUCCGCCGGUUGAGAGGUAGGACUGGGAGCGAGGCACGGCGCGUGUGCGCCGAGUGACGUGAAACGUAAUUCAACCAUACAUACCUUACAAAGUGCAUCGCUAUCUGUGCUCCACAAGGCAGCACGUCAGUGUUAGUUGCGCUGCAUACCCGCAAAUGUACAAUACGAGCACGUCAUCAAUAACGAGAGGCGAACGUACGAUACAUUGACUUGCGUGGUGGAGUUGUCAGUGAACGGCGUUAUGGGGCGUUGGCCGCUGGGUGCAUGCGCGUACCUUAAUGAUCCGCGGUGAGUGCAUGCAGUUGCAGGUCUGAAUGCCCAUGUGUCAAUGUGUUGGGGCACGAGAAGGAGAGCAUGCAUGUAUGUAGAUGCCGCUGCCCAAAACGCGGCGCCGGUGUGCGCAUGGUCAACAUGCAGGUGCCAGCAGGACACAGAGCACCACGCACGCACCGAGCGGCAGUGUUCUGACUGCAUGGAAAACGGUUAGCGUGUUUGAACGUUGGCUUCGAUUGGCGGUGCUUGCUUUAUCGCUGGACCAAGCAGUGAUCACACAAAACGACUUGGCCUGCCGUAUGUGUCAGAGGUACAGCUAGAAACGCUACGUGCGGUGGAGGCGGUUCAUUAUGCUGCUGUCCAAGGUUUGCAGGAGAUUCAGUUAACAUGAUGUGAGGGGCUCAGCCCAUCUUUUCUCUAACCGUGUGUGAAACAAUUUUAGAUAGUGUGGUCAUGUGCCUCCAGCAGGGGAAUGGAUUUACUACUGGGUGUGCUGCUCUUUGGCUUGAUUGAACGUCGCAAACGCAGCGGAAUGGUACAUGUGUGUAUGGGGCAAACGUGUCUGUGCCCGUUCGAACAUAUUGGCUGCUGGAUGUCCCGUCGCCUCGACAGAGACCAAGUCAGGUUAUGCGCGUGAGGCGGAUGCUGGGUGUUACUAGCGGUAACACAGCGGGGAUUGAGUGUGUGAGGAUUUGCUAUCGCUGCUUGUAAACAUGUCGUUGUCGAUCGUCGCGCACCAGCCGCUUACCCGCCGAUGGCGUACAGGAGUAACUCCCGUGAUGGCGUAUAUCGUGUUAUGCCCAAAGUUUC